UCCCCCUCUGCCUUCUCAUCCAAGGCACACAGUGGGCGCCAACUCUUCCUGGAUGGCCCUUGGGGCAGCAGCUCACACCUGUUCCCUCUGGUGAUUAGCAGGCACAGAGGCACUUCCCUGCAAAUCUCUUGUCAUGGGUAAUUUUCAUAUUCGUGGCAACAGGUGUGUCUACCUGGAACCCUCGGUAUAAAUGCAUAUGCCUUCAUUGUAAACACCUGUUGACAGAGCUGUGGGCUGGCUGGAGAGGUACAGUUAGUGUCGGUGUUUCCCCACCUGCUUAUUUUGAACAAGUCCCUGAGCUUGGUGGCCUGUCCCUGGAGCCGUCAGUUCUGCUGCCAGCAUGCCCACGCAGCUGGAGAUGGCCAUGGACACCAUGGUUAGAACCUUCCACCGGUACACUUGCAAGGAAGGGGACCGAUUCAAGCUCAGCAAGGGGGAACUGAAGAUGCUCCUGCAGAGAGAGCUCACAGACUUCCUCUCGUGCCAAAAGGACCCGCAUUUGGUUGAUAAGAUAAUGCAAGACCUGGAUGCCAAUAAGGACAAUGAAGUCGAUUUUAAUGAGUUUGUGGUCAUGGUGGCUGCCCUGACAGUUGCUUGCAAUGAUUACUUUGUAGAACAGCUGAAGAAGAAAGGAAAGUAAAGAUAAGUAGCAAGGUAAUCUAAAGGCAGAAAUAUAUCUAAAGUUAAUGACUUGUUAUUCAUUUAUACUCUCCAAAUCUAUAGUUACUGUGAUACUGUUUAUAGAUAUAAUAUACAUAUAAUUAAUUGCUAUAGUAAAUGAUGUACACCUUAACAUAAUAAUUUAAAAUAAAUAUUCCAAAUCUCAUAUGCCCUACUCGAUGUUUUUUU